GGAAGGGGGGGCCCGCUCCUCAGGCGCCGAGGCUUCGAAGCUUCGGCUCCCGGCAUCUGGGCGAUGGGCUCUCUGUGAGACUGGUCCCCUCGGUGGGGGCGCGUGCGGCAGGAGGCGGCUGCCGAGUGACCGGAGCCGGGCCGCGGCCCUCCCUCGCCCUGCUCAGCCCCUCCCACCCCUGUGCCCUGGGGCUGCCACCGCCCGGGCGUCUGAGCUCGUCCCUGCCGCGCGGUGCCGCCGCCCUCAGGGCCUAGCCCGCCCUGCUCGGCGAGCGGCGGGACUUGAGCGGUCGUCGCAUCCGCAGCAUCCGCCUCGCCUCACUUCACCUCACCUCGCCUCGCCUGGGUGCCCGCUCCCCUCGCCCUGCCCCUCAUGACUGCGGCGCCUCUGCUGCCACAGCCCUGCCGGCCGCCGCGCGCCGCAGGAUGGAUGCGGACCGUGCGGCGCUAACCCCCGUGGCUCUGCACCUGAAUCUCCCGCCGACGAGCCCGCCUCGUGAGCCGCAGCAGCUUCGGUGCCAGCAGCCGCCGCCGCAGCUGGGCCCAGAGUCCCGUGUCGCCUUCGGGGCUCCUUGUCAGUGUUGAGUGGGGAGUCGUCCGGUCCGGGUCGCUCCGAACCCGCUGUAGGAGCGGUGCCCUGCAGACCUUCGCGGCUCCUGCGGGUGGGCCCUUCCUCUUUUCAUUCUCCUAUCCAGCCGCUCGCCUCACCCAGCGGACCAACCAUGUCUGGCGGCGCCGCAGAGAAGCAGAGCAGCACUCCGAGCUCUCUGUUCCUCUCGCCGCCGGCGCCAGCCCCCAAGAAUGGCUCCAGCUCUGAUUCCUCUGUGGGCGAGAAACUGGGGGCCGCGGCGACCGAUGCUGGAACUGGUAGGACCGAGGAGUACCGGCGCCGCCGCCACACUAUGGACAAGGACAGCCGUGGGGCGGCCGCCACCACUACCACCACCGAGCACCGCUUCUUCCGACGGAGCGUCAUCUGCGACUCUAAUGCUACUGCGUUGGAGCUGCCUGGCCUCCCUUUCUCGAUUCCCCAGCCCGGCGUCCCCGCGGUUGUUCCGCAGAUUGCUCCAUCAGAGCCCCACCGGGAGGAGACCUUGACUACUACCGCCGUUUCCCAGGUGGCCCAGCAGCCCCUAGUCACUGCUGCCCCUGGAGAACAAGCUGUCGCGGGCCCUGUCACCUUGACUGCCCCAAGCAGUACCAGCAAAGACCGCCCAGUUUCCCAGCCCAACCUCGUGGGGAGCAAAGAGGAGCCACCACCGGCGAGAAGUGGAAGUGGUAGCGGUGGUGGCAGCGCCAAGGAGCUGCAGGAGGAACAGAGACAGCAACAGGAUGAUAUCGAAGAGCUGGAAACCAAGGCCGUGGGAAUGUCCAAUGACGGCCGCUUUCUCAAGUUCGACAUCGAAAUCGGCAGAGGCUCCUUUAAGACAGUCUACAAAGGUCUGGACACUGAAACCACUGUGGAAGUCGCCUGGUGUGAACUGCAGGAUCGAAAGUUAACAAAAUCUGAAAGGCAGAGAUUUAAAGAAGAGGCUGAAAUGUUAAAGGGUCUUCAGCAUCCCAAUAUUGUUCGAUUCUAUGAUUCCUGGGAAUCCACAGUAAAAGGAAAGAAGUGCAUUGUUUUGGUGACUGAGCUUAUGACAUCUGGAACACUUAAAACGUACCUGAAAAGGUUUAAAGUGAUGAAGAUCAAAGUUCUAAGAAGCUGGUGCCGGCAGAUCCUUAAAGGACUUCAGUUUCUUCACACUCGAACUCCACCUAUUAUUCACCGGGAUCUUAAAUGUGACAAUAUCUUUAUCACUGGCCCUACAGGCUCAGUUAAGAUUGGAGACCUUGGCCUGGCAACUCUGAAGCGAGCUUCUUUUGCCAAGAGUGUGAUAGGUACUCCAGAGUUCAUGGCCCCUGAAAUGUAUGAGGAGAAAUAUGAUGAGUCCGUUGAUGUUUAUGCUUUUGGGAUGUGCAUGCUUGAGAUGGCUACAUCUGAAUAUCCAUACUCGGAAUGCCAAAAUGCUGCGCAGAUCUACCGUCGAGUGACCAGUGGAGUGAAGCCAGCCAGUUUUGACAAAGUAGCAAUUCCUGAAGUGAAGGAAAUCAUCGAAGGAUGUAUACGGCAAAACAAAGAUGAACGAUAUUCCAUCAAAGACCUCUUGAACCAUGCCUUCUUCCAGGAGGAAACAGGGGUACGGGUAGAAUUAGCAGAAGAAGAUGAUGGAGAAAAAAUAGCUAUUAAAUUAUGGCUGCGUAUUGAGGAUAUUAAGAAAUUAAAGGGCAAGUACAAAGACAAUGAAGCUAUCGAGUUUUCCUUUGACUUGGAGAGAGAUGUACCAGAAGAUGUUGCUCAAGAAAUGGUAGAAUCUGGGUAUGUCUGUGAAGGUGAUCAUAAGACCAUGGCUAAAGCUAUCAAAGACAGAGUGUCAUUAAUUAAGAGAAAACGAGAGCAGCGGCAGUUGGUUCGAGAAGAGCAAGAAAAGAGAAAACAGGAGGAGAGCAGUCUCAGACAGCAGGCUGAACAACAAUCAAGUGUUCCUUCUCAGACAGGAAUCAAGCAGGUCCCUUCUGCUAGCACUACUGCUUCUGCCACUUCAGCUUCAGUAUCUACACAAGUAGAACCUGAAGAGCCUGAGGCAGAUCAACAUCAACAACUACAGUACCAGCAACCUAGUAUAUCUGUAUUAUCUGAUGGGACAGUUGACAGUGGUCAAGGAUCUUCCGUCUUCACAGAAUCUCGAGUGAGCAGUCAACAGACAGUUUCAUAUGGUUCCCAACAUGAACAGGCACAUUCUACUGGCACAGUCCCAGGGCAUACAGCUUCCAUUGCCCAAGCACAGUCUCAGACCCAUGGAGUAUACCCACCCUCAAGUAUGCCUCGUCGUGGCCGUAGCAUGUCGGUUUGUGUUCCCCAUCUUUCUGCUGUUCCCUUUUUAUCCCGCAUCUCUCCCAGUGCUCCUUCCACCCCACCACCAGUGUUGUCUGCACCUCUUUCUCCUUCCCUCCUUCGGACUGCCCCUGAGGAAACUUUUGCCGAAAAGCUUUCUAAAGCAUUGGAGAGUGUCCUGCCUAUGCACUCUGCCUCUCAGCGCAAGCAUCGUCGCUCCAGCCUGCCUUCCCUCUUUGUCAGUACUCCUCAGUCCAUGGCGCAUCCGUGUGGGGGUACCCCAACAUACCCAGAAUCACAGAUAUUUUUCCCAACUAUUCAUGAACGUCCAGUUUCUUUUUCACCACCUCCCACCUGUCCACCGAAAGUAGCCAUUUCCCAGCGACGUAAGAGCACCUCCUUCCUGGAAGCCCAAACUCGCCAUUUCCAACCCCUGCUGAGGACUGUUGGCCAAAAUCGUCUUCCACCUGGUGGCAGCCCAACUAACUGGACACCAGAGGCUGUAGUUAUGUUGGGCACUACAGCCAGUAGAGUAACUGGAGAUCUGUGUGACAUACAGGUCCAUCCUAUGUUUGAGUCAUCUCAAGUUUGCAAUGACUAUAGACCUGGACUAGUACUUCCAGAAGAAGCGCACUAUUUUAUUCCUCAGGAAGCAGUGUAUGUAGCAGGGGUACAUUACCAGGCCCAGGUGGCAGAACAGUAUGAGGGCAUUUCAUACAACUCACCAGUACUCUCAAGUCCUAUGAAACAGAUACCUGAACAGAAGCCAGUACAAGGGGUCCCUACAUCAAGUUCUGUCUUUGAAUUUCCAUCUGGACAGGCUUUCCUGGUAGGACACCUUCAGAAUUUAAGAUUAGAUUCUGGAUUGAGUCCAGGAUCUCCCCUCUCUAGUAUUUCUGCACCUAUCAGUACAGAUGCUACACGUUUGAAAUUUCACCCUGUCUUUGUUCCUCAUUCUGCACCCGCUGUGUUAACUCAUAGCAAUGAGAGCAGAAGCAACUGUGUAUUUGAAUUUCAUGCUCAAACAUCAAGCUGUUCUUCAGGAGAAGGAGGUGGAAUUUUACCUCAGCGUACUUACCGAAAUCGACAGGUUGCAGUGGACUCAAAUCAGGAAGAACCGCCUCCUCAGUCAGUUGGAUUACAUGGCUACCUACAGCCUGUGACUGAAGAACAGCGUAAUUAUCAUACCCCAGAAUUGACUAUUUCUGUGGUAGAGCCUAUCGGACAGAACUGGCCAAUAGGAAGCCCAGAGUAUUCCAGUGAUUCCUCACAAAUCACUUCUUCAGAUCCCAGUGAUUUUCAGUCACCUCCCCCUACAGGGGGAACAGCUGCACCUUCUGGCUCUGACGUCUCAUUACCCUUUAUCCAUCUGCCUCAGACAGUGUUACAAGAAUCCCCACUUUUCUUCUGUUUCCCCCAAGGAACCACAUCUCAGCAGGUCUUAUCGGCCUCAUUUUCUUCAGGAGGAUCUUCACUCCAUCCACAGGCGCAGGGUCAGAGCCAGGGCCAACUAUCUUCAAGUAGUUUAGCAGGGGUUCCAUCUUCCCAGCCCAUCCAACAUCCUCAGCCGCAGGGAAUACAGCAGACAGCCCCUCCUCAACAGACAGUACAGUAUUCACUUCCACAAACAACAGCCUCCACUGAGGCCACUACUGCACAGCCAGUGAGUCAACCUCAAGCUCCACAGGUCUUGCCUCAAGUGUCAGCUGGAAAACAGAGUACUCAGGGAGUCUCUCAGGUUGCUCCUCCAGAGCCAGUUCCAGUAGCACAGUCACAACCAACCCAACCUGUCACUUUGGUGUCCUCUAUAGACAGUGCGCACUCAGAUGUUGCUUCAGGUAUGAGUGAUGGCAAUGAGAAUGCCCCAUCAUCCAGUGGAAGGCAUGAAGGGAGAACAGCAAAACGGCAUUAUCGAAAAUCUGUAAGAAGUCGCUCUCGUCAUGAAAAGACUUCACGCCCAAAAUUGAGAAUUUUAAAUGUUUCAAACAAAGGAGACCGGGUAGUAGAAUGUCAAUUAGAGACUCAUAAUCGGAAAAUGGUUACAUUCAAAUUUGACCUAGAUGGUGACAACCCCGAGGAGAUAGCAACAAUUAUGGUAAACAAUGACUUUAUUCUAGCAAUAGAGAGAGAGUCAUUUGUGGAUCAAGUGCGGGAAAUUAUUGAAAAAGCUGAUGAAAUGCUUAGUGAGGAUGUCAGUGUGGAACCGGAGGGUGACCAGGGAAUGGAAAGUCUGCAGGGAAAGGAUGACUAUGGUUUUUCAGGUUCUCAGAAAUUGGAAGGAGAAUUCAAACAACCAGUUCCCACAUCUUCCAUGCCACAGCAAAUCGGUGUUCCUACCAGUUCUUUAACUCAAGUUGUUCAUUCUGCUGGAAGACGGUUUAUAGUGAGUCCUGUGCCAGAAAGUAGAUUACGAGAAUCCAAAGUUUUCACCAGUGAAAUAUCAGACACAGUUGCUCCCUCUAUACCUCAGGGCCCUGGAAUGAAUUUGUCUCAUUCUGCUUCAUCCCUUAGUCUCCAGCAGGCCUUUUCUGAACUUAGACAUGCCCAAAUGACUGAAGGACCCAACACAGCACCUCCAAACUUUAGUCACACAGGACCAACAUUUCCUCCUUUCUUGGGUAGCAUUGCCGGAGGCCCAACCACAGCAGCAGCCACACCUUCAGUAUCAGUUCCUGUAUCAAGCGGCUCUCUUAAUGACAUUUCCACAUCAGUAAUUCAGGCUGAGGUUACAGUACCCACUGAAAAAGGGAUUGCUGGAGUUGCCACCAGCACAGGUGUGGUUAUGUCAAGUUGUCUUCCUGUACCACCUGUGUCUGAGUCACCAGUACUUGCCAGUGUGGGUUCAAGUGUCACAAUACCUGCAGUUGUCUCAAUGUCCACAACAUCCCAGCCAGUACAGGCCCCCACAUCUGGGAGCAUUGUUUCUAGUACAGGCGCUUUUCCUUCUAUGACAGUUUCAACAGCUUCAACCUCUGCAGUGGGCAGUACUGCUGUCCCAGGUGCUAAGCCUCCAGCUGUGUUAUCUCAGCAUACAGCAAGCACUACUGGGGUAGCCACAGUAACAUCAGUUUCUGCCUCCACUCCAUUCCCAACCAUAGCUUCACAGCCAUCCCUUCAGCUUAGUAGCAGCACCUCUGCCCCUACUCUAGCUGAAACAGUGGUGGUUAGUGCACACUCACUGGACAAAACAUCUCAUAGCAGUACAACUGGAUUAGCUUUGUCUCUCUCUGCACCAUCUUCCUCUUCCUCUCCUGGAGUAGGAGUGGCUAGUUCUGUUUCUCAGCCUGGUGGAGUGCAUCCUUUAGUCAUCCCAUCAGUGGUAGCUUCUACUCCUGUCUUUCCCCAAGCAGCAGGACCUACUUCUACACCUUUGUUACCCCAGGUACCCAGUAUCCCACCCUUGGUACAACCUGUUGCCAAUGUGCCUGCUGUACAGCAGACUCUCAUUCAUAGUCAGCCUCAACCAGCUUUGCUUCCUAACCAACCCCACACUCACUGUCCAGAAGUAGAUGCUGAUACCCAACCCAAAGCUCCUGGAAUUGAUGACAUAAAGACUCUGGAGGAAAAGCUGCGGUCUCUCUUUAGUGAACACAGCUCUUCUGGAGCUCAGCAUGCCUCUGUCUCACUAGAGACGUCACUAGUAGUAGAGACCACAAUCACACCAGGCAUCCCAACCACUGCUGUUGCACCAAGCAAACUCAUGACUUCCACUACGAGUACUUGCUUACCACCAACAAAUUUGCCAUUAGGAACAGCUGGUUUGUCAGUCAUGUCAGUGGCCACACCUGGGCAAGUUUCUACCCCAGGCAGCUAUGUUUCAGCCCCAGUGAGCACUGCAUCAGGAAUGAAACCUGGAACUGCUCCCUCAAAGCCACCUUUAAUUAAGGCUCCGGUGCUGCCAGUGGGUACUGAACUUCCAGCUGGUACUAUGCCUAGCGAGCAGCUGCCACCUUUUCCUGGACCUUCACUAACUCAGUCACAACAACCUCUAGAAGAUCUUGAUGCACAGCUGAGAAGAACGCUUAGUCCAGAGACUAUUACAGUGACAUCUGCAGUUAGUCCUGUGUCCAUGGUGGCUCCAACAGCAGUUACAGAAGCAGGAACACAGCCUCAGAAGGAUGUUUCCCAAGGCACAGAAGGCCCUGUCCUAGCAACUAGUUCAGGAACUGGUGUUUUUAAGAUGGGACGAUUUCAGGUUUCAGUUGCAAUGGAUGAUACCCAGAAAGAAGAUAAAAAUAAGACAGAAGAUGCAAAGUCUGUUCAUUUUGAGUCUAGCACAUCAGAGUCCUCAGUGCUAUCAAGUAGUAGUCCAGAGAGUACCCUGGUGAAGCCAGAGCCUAAUGGGAUGACAAUCCAUGGCAUCUCCUCAGAUGUGCCAGAUGGUGCCCUUAAAACUCCUGCCUCAGAAGCAAAGUCAGAAACUGGGCAACCUACCAAGGUGGGACGUUUUCAGGUGACAACUACAGCAAACAAAGUGGGUCGUUUCUCUAUAUCAAGAACUGAGGACAAGAUUGCUGAGGCAAAGAAAGAAGGACCAGUGACAUCUCCUCCUUUUAGGGAUUCAGAACAAGCUGUUCUCCCUGCAGUAAUACCAAAGAAAGAAAAGCCUGAACUGUCAGAGCCUUCACAUCUAAAUGGGCCAUCCUCUGACCUGGAGGCUGCUUUUCUAAGGGGGGAUGUGGAUGAUGGUUCAGGUAGCCCACACUCACCCCGUCAGCUGUGUUCGAAGAGUCUUCCCAUUCAGAAUCUAAGUCAAAGCCUUAGUAAUUCAUUCAAUUCCUCUUACAUGAGUAGUGACAAUGAAUCAGACAUUGAAGAUGAAGACUUAAAGUUAGAGCUUCGACGACUACGAGAAAAACAUCUUAAAGAGAUUCAGGACCUGCAGAGUCGCCAGAAGCAUGAAAUUGAAUCUUUGUAUACCAAAUUGGGCAAGGUUCCCCCUGCUGUCAUUAUUCCCCCAGCUGCUCCCCUUUCAGGGAGAAGAAGGAGACCCACUAAAAGCAAAGGCAGUAAAUCUAGUCGCAGCAGUUCCUUGGGAAAUAAAAGCCCACAGCUUUCAGGUAACCUGUCUGGUCAGAGUGCAGCUUCAGUCUUGCACCCCCAGCAGACCCUUCAUCCUCCUAGCAACAUCGCAGAGACCGGGCAGAAUCAACUGUUACAACCUCUUAAGCCAUCUCCUUCCAGUGAUAACCUCUACUCGGCCUUCACCAGUGAUGGUGCCAUUUCAGUACCAAGCCUUUCUGCUCCAGGACAAGGAACCAGCAGCACAAACACUGUUGGGGGAACAGUGAACAGCCAAGCUGCCCAAGCUCAGCCUCCUGCCAUGACAUCCAGCAGGAAGGGCACCUUCACAGAUGACCUACACAAGCUGGUAGACAACUGGGCCCGAGAUGCCAUGAAUCUUUCAGGCAGAAGAGGAAGCAAAGGACACAUGAAUUAUGAGGGCCCUGGAAUGGCAAGAAAGUUUUCCGCACCUGGACAGCUUUGCAUCUCCAUGACCUCAAACCUGGGUGGCUCUGCCCCCAUCUCUGCAGCAUCAGCUACCUCUCUAGGUCACUUCACCAAGUCUAUGUGCCCCCCACAGCAGUACGGUUUUCCAGCUGCCCCAUUUGGCACUCAGUGGAGUGGGACGGGUGGCCCAGCACCACAGCCACUUGGCCAGUUCCAGCCUGUAGGAACUGCCUCCUUACAGAAUUUCAACAUCAGCAAUUUGCAGAAAUCCAUCAGCAACCCCCCAGGUUCCAACCUGCGGACCACUUAGUGAGACCUAGAGACAUUAAUUGAGUAGAUCUGGGGGCAGGAGAUGGAAUGCUGAAAGGAGGGUGGGGGGAUGGGGAAGUAGCCUAUUUACUAACUACUAGUGCUGCAUUUAACUGGUUAUUUCUUGCCAGAAGGGAAUGUUUGUAAUACCGCUUUGAGCCCUCAGAAUGGAGACUCUCCCUCCCUCUCCAUUUAUUGGAAUGGGACAAGGAGAGAGCAACUUUCUUGUGAAGAGGCUGCUUCAGUCUAUGCUUUCCUAUUUAUCUAUACCCACCAGUGAGGCCUAGGGCUAGAAGAGAAUCUUGUUAUCAAGAAGCUACAAGAGAGCUCAAUGUAAAGCCAGAGCCCAUUUGUAUCUGCAAGUGGGUACAGCUCUUAAUUGUGGUACAAGCCCCAAAUCCCUUACUCCCUCAAGAAUUCAAACCAUCAAACAAUAUAGGGUUCUCUCCUACUCUGCCCCCAUCCCUGCUUUUUUCCCUCUCUCCUCUUUUAGAACCCAGUGAAAAAUACCAGGGGACUGGGGUUGCAACCCUUUCUUAUAAUAGGUCAUUAGUGCUUUAAGCAAAAGAUAAUAGCAGCUUUGACUGCAGCAUUAGCAAUUAGGAAAAAAAAAAAUACGUUCCCUGCGGACAUGUAACUUUGCCAUCAGUUUUGAUGUGGAAACACUGUGAUAUAUAAAUGUUGUUGGACAACAGUAGUUUUAAGAGUAAAAUAUGAAAGGUUUAAAAAGUUCACACACAAAAAAAGCUAGUUCUGUCCUUUACUUAUUGAGACACUUUAACUUUUUCCUUUGUACUUCCAUUGUAUUAGAUAAAUAAAUGUGAAUGUAAAAUUGUAUAAAUUACUGUACUUGAAUACUUCUGUUCUCCCAGUAUUGCUUGCUGGAUAUUUUAGUGCCUUGGACUUCUAUUGCUUCUGCCAUUAGCAUCAACUUACCAGAUCCCAGAUCAACAAAGGGCAUGUGGAAAGAACAUUUAGGUCCAUGUGACCCCAGCAGUGGAUAUGCCAAAGGGAAAUUGAAAAGAGUAUUUUUUUUUUAAUCAUUCAACAAUUUUGUCUAAAGCAGGUGUAAGAUAAGUAAGAUGGGAAGUUGACAUCAGUGGUUGAAAACAGUAAGUUCUGUUUCAGGAAUAGUGAGGGAGGGGUGUUACAUCAAAAUUGCACAAUAUAAAAGAUUAAGGGAGGUGUGAGCUAAGAGAAAGAAAAAGAAAGGUUAAUUAAAGGGGGCACACACUUGUUUCGAAGAUACCUGACGCCUGGCCAGAUUGUCGUAAAUCUUACUGAUUUGAGCUGGGCUUGAACAGAUGAGACCUGGAAGAAAUUAAACAUAAGGAGAAGGGGAUGGGUAGCUCAUUUUUUAAGGUGGGAAGAGUGGCAGAUGGAAAAAGUUGCUCCAAGAAAAACCAUUUGGACAGCUCUCUUCAUGCACCUACACCUUGCAUUUCUCAGCUUGGGGUACUCUUAUUCUAUGGAAAGCGGACCAACUUCUGAUUUAAUAAGCAUUGUAGGAAAGAAUGCUUUAUUUCUGUUUUCUCUAUGAUGAUGCCCAAAUGGUUGCAGGAUCAUAAUCUGUCGUGCCACCUAUAUUUCUACAAUUAUAACUAAUAUUCUCACAUUGUUCAUUUACAUACUCCCUCUUCAUAACUGCAACCAACCAGUAUUAUUUAAUGCUAUGUCUAGUUGUAAUGGGCAGUUCUGUUACUUUCAGAACUUUCCAGAAAUAAAUACUGUUCUAAUUGGCUAUGUUUGGGAUAUUCUCAGUGAGAAGAUGGGGAAAGAAAAUAGGACUUUUUCUUGGGUGCUGCUUUUCUUGACUUAGUUGGGACAUACCGUAUUUCCAACCUUUCACCCACCUCAAUGGCACAUCCCAGGAGUCUCCAUGAUAGGAAGAGCCUGGUAGCUGUCCAGAUCUUUUUUGUUCCAUUUUGGCCCUGGUUCUGUUUCUUUAUUAAGUUGGCCUAGGCCCCAGAGAUACCAAUGAGAGAGAGCUAAAGGUUUUAGGGAGGUAGAAAUGAAAAGGGCAGGGGUUCCAAGCCCUGCUGCAGAAGUGCUGACUUAUUUUUCUGUUUAAUUCUUGGGAAGAGGGUAAGAGUGAGAACAAAGAUGAUGCCGAGUAAAUGGGAAAUGGACCGCUUGAAGUGAAUGAAAUGAUACUUCUACCAGAGGAAUGAGGGUGCCAAAUGCAGCACAUUGUUUUGUUAUUUUUGGUUUAGCAAUUUUGAGGUCUUUUCACUUAUACACAAAAAUAAGAACUGGUUUUAUUUACUGUUGAUUUUUUCCCCCUCCUGUGGAUGAAAUAACUGAAGCCUAGAGGAAUGAACUAGUGCUACUGAACUGUUUAAAUUAUUUUUGUUAAUAGUACCCUUCAAGUAUCUUUUCCAUAUUAAAAAGAACUUUCUGAACUAUAAAUGUUUUCCUUACAUUAUUUAACAAUGUACACUGUUUAAAAAAACAAACUGAAUUCAAACCUUGGGGGUUUCUCAGCAGCCGUUAAUUGUACAUUUUGCACUAACUCUGGGUGUUGCGCUUCUUGUAAGAUUGCGCUUUGUGCUUCAGUUUGUUACCUUUGUAGACUUAUUUAAUGAAACCAUUCAAAUAAACCAAACUUGCUUUUGUUGA